AUGAGUCAAUUUGCCCUCAUCACCGGAUGUGGAAGCGGCAUAGGUCGUGCGUUGGCGCUCGAGUUCGCCAGCCGGGGGGUUCGAACCAUCGCAACCGCACGGCAACCAAGCGCGCUGAAAGAGCUCGCAGAGCUGCACAAGAACAUUGUUCCCAUGGAUGUGGAUGUGCAAGAAUCCGAAAGUAUCCUGGCGCUGAAGAAGCAAGUCGAGCAGAUUACGGGAGGACAUCUGCAUUACCUGGUCAACAACGCAGGAAUACAUUAUGCAUCCACCGGCACCGAUAUUGACACAGCCAAGGUCCAGGAACUGUUCAACGUGAAUGUUGUUGCGGUGAUGAGCAUGGUCCGGGAAUUUGCGCCGCUUCUCAUCGCGGCGAAAGGAGUCAUCGUCCAGAUCGGCAGCGUUACUCGAGCUGUACCUGCGAUAUGGCAAGGCCCCUACAACGCAACAAAAGCUGCUCUGAGUCAGUACAGCAAGACACUUCGCUUGGAACUUGAGCCUUUCGGAGUCCGUGUCGUUGAGGUAGUCACAGGCUACGUCCAAUCGAACAUACUCCGAAACGGCCUGCACGCCCCAAGCGACUCAAGAUACUUGCCAAUCAAGGACCACAUCGAGACGCUCAAAGCGCAAGGCAACAAGACUGGCAUGCCUGCUGCCACAUACGCGAGGCGCGUGGCCAAUCAAGUCACACGCGCAAACCCGCCGCAUGAGUUCUGGGAUGGCGGUGGUGCUUGGGUCAUGUUUCUGAUUGUGUCUGUCUUGCCGAGUUGGCUGUCACAACGGAUCUGGCGAUCGUACUUCAAGCUUGACCUUCUUCGAGCACGGCGAUGA